AUGAAAGUCAUGAAAGUCAGCUAUCUGAAAAAGGAGAAUAUUAAGAGAUCCUCGCUGGCUUCCACUGCCCAAGUCCCGACCGACGAAGGGAGCUCAUCAGCGGAAGCCAGCAUCCUCAUGGGCGCAGCGCCAUCGUCUUCCCGGCCCGCUAUCCCCGGCGCGUACGACGACACAGCCUUGGCCGAUAUUGUAGAGGACCCUGAAGAAUAUCUGGCGCAAUUACAGCACGAAUGGCUACGGAAACACCACAAUGCCCUCGAUCAAGCGCAGAUGCCACCCGUUGCCAGUGGGGGGGACGAGGUCGAUUGGCGCCUGUACAGUCCGCCGGCAGCAUUGGCCGAUGCUUCGAUAGUGGUUUCGGAACCGCUCACUGAUAUUAUUUCCCAGUCAAUCACCAACGUGCAAAAGCGAGUCGAGCAGCAAUUACAACGUGAACAGGAAGAAGAGGCCGCGCGCAAGGCAGUGGAGGAUGCAGAGGCGCUAGAGGCCGCGAAGAAUAGGGAACCAUAUCUGCCCAUCAACAUGGACAGUCCGAAGAAAGAAAAGGAGAUUGAUACUUUGCCAAUUUUAGAGAUUAAACCGGAUUGCGAUACGGCAUCGCUGAUGGCUCGUCGCAGUUUCAUACAGCAGCAAGUGGACAGGCGCCGAAAAUUUGGCUUUCGAAGGUUAUUUCAGCGCAGUAUUGAGACGGGCGAAAGUGCUGCGGCUGGCGCUGCCCGCGAAGCCAUUCUUCAACAUCUCGAAAACCGUCUCAGCAGAGCAAAUGUUGAAUCGACCGCGCCGGACUCGCAAGAGACGCUUCAAAAGUUGCGCCGAAACAAGACUGUUCGCGUGCCAGACACGCAAGAAUUGGUUGAAUGCGUGUCUUGUCUUGAUGACUUUGCCAAGAAGGAUCUUGUCAAAGUUGUCUGCCAUAGCUACUGCAACGACUGCUUUGUCCGACUCAUCACAGCCGCCUGCGCAAACGAGCAGCAGUGGCCACCAAAGUGUUGUCUCAACCAGAUUCCUUUCCGCACAGUCUUGGCCAACAUACCAAGCGACUUGAAGACGACAUUCGAUCAACGACGGUCGGAAUGGGAGGUUCCCAUUGCUGAACGCGUAUACUGCCAUGUCUCGGAAUGCUCCGUCAUGAUUCCCCCAAAGAACAUCAACCUUGCCAAACGAGUCGCUCGAUGCUCACAAAACCACUCGACAUGCACGAUUUGCCGUCGGCCAGCGCACGGGAAAAACGAGUGUCCCGAGGAUCAAGAGAUGAACAUGACGAAUCGGCUGGCCGAGGAAGAAGGCUGGAAGCGCUGCUCCAAAUGCCGCGCGCUGGUCGAGCACCGCGAGGCCUGCCAGCACAUGACGUGCCGCUGCGGCUAUCAAUUCUGCUACGUCUGCUGCCGACGCUGGUGCACCUGCUCAUGCACCAUGGCGCAGCUGAAUGAGCUAAAAGCCGCGGCAGAGGUCCGACGAGCGGAGCGGCGCCGGCGCGAACAGCAAGAGUCGGAGGAGCUGCGGGAGAUUUUGGCGCAGAUUGAGGAACUGGAGCGUCGCGAGGCCGAGAUGGAAGAACAGCACAGAAUCGCGAUGCACAAGGAGCGCGCGCGGGGUGAGAUUUUGCGACGGCAGACGGUCGAGGUCAAGUAUCAGCAGCUCGCUCGCAUACUGGACGCCUUGCACGAGACGCAAGCGAGCAUCGCCGAGUGGCAGCAAGAGGCCGACGCCAAGGACAUGGCCGCUGACGCCAAGGCCAAGCAAGAAGCGCUCGAAAAGGAGCAGCAGACGGAGCUGGCCAGCAUAAAGGCCGAUAUUGCGGCACGCAUGGCACACAAGCAAGCAGAACUCGACGCCGACCUCGCCGCGCGCACUGCCAAGGAGCGCAAGAUUGAAGACGACUACGAGGCGCAGCUCAAGGCGUACUGGGCCGACCAGGCCGACCAGGCCAAAGGCGCCGCGGCUGAAAUCGAGUCGGCCAUGCUCCCGUUGCGGCAGCGCAUGGACCGGGGCUACCGGCUCUGGCAGGAGCGCAAGACGGCCGAGCUGGACGCGUGUCGGACCGCGCUGCAGGACGGGCUGACGAUGCGCGAGGAGCUCAUGUACAGCGUCAAGCACCGUCUCAAGGACCGGCUUGACGAGAUGGAGACGGAGCUGGCACGGCGAGUGGUGGCGGAGAAGCGGUGGAUGCAAGAGGUCUUUGUGGAGCGCAAGAUGCUGCUGGCGGUAGCCGAGGCGGCGGAAAUGGUGGGCGAUGCGGAUGGCUUGUUUGGGAUUGACUUCGAUGCGCCAACCACGGCCAGAGAGACUCGGGGAUGA